CAAGCCAUUGGCGAGGCACUUUCGAAAAUCCUUGGAUAUUUUGUCUACCUUUCUUCCAAUCAGAUGAAGAAACUCAAAAUGGGAGAUGAAGUGCAUAAUACUGGUCCAUUUGAUUCCAUUUUUGUUGUGCUUCGUGAUUUUGCUGGAGAGGCGCCUUUUUUGGGAGAACUUUUAAAUACAAUCUUACAACUUCCACAAAGUCCUCAAGGAGCUUGGCCUGAAUGGCCGACAAAAUAUUUUACUGACCCGAAGGGGGGUUGGGACGGUAUCAACAAGGCAAAAAUCAGCAUUCUCAAACUUCUAUUUGGCCAAUUUGUCGAAUUUUACAAACUUUCUAAUGACAAUUUCACUCUCACUUUUUUGCCGAGAAUUCUUCAACUUCUUAAAGGUAUCCUGUCAAAUUUGCGCCGACUUUUUGGGGUGAAAGAGGAAGACGUGAAGAGUGUGAACUGGGAUGACUACAAUGAUGGAGACGACGGGACUGGUCCCAGUACCUCUGGGACUGGUCCAGGCACCUCGGGAGAUGGGGCCAAACCGCCCAAGAUUCGAAGAAUUAUGUAA